UGUUGGUCGCGCUGGAGGAACCACCAUGAGGCGCUCUCUCACCUAACGCUACUCACUCCCUCACGCCGUCACCUCUCGCUGCCACCGGCCCCCUUGCGUUGUCUUUGCACGCAACCGCACUCCCUUUGCCCCUUAGCUCGGGAACGAACAAACUCAAUUCGUUGCUUAAAAGCUGUGUUACUUUUAAAGAUUCUUUUCGAGUCGUAGUGAAAAGGUGUAACUUUCCGUCUCGCAGUGUUGGUGUCAGAGAGAAAUCACGAAACGUGGGAGCGGCUUGAGUGAGACUUCAAAUUUAUUAUAUUUCUCUCCCUCGUUCUUUAAAACAAAGAGUCAUCUAGUGAGCGCACAGCAGCGACUUCUUCCUUCUCUCCCUCGAGCUUGUAGUCCCUUGAACUUGAGGAAUAGUUGACCAAUUGAUAAUACGAUGGCGCGGUUCUUGCUCAUGCUAGGGGUAAUGGCUCUCGUCCUCGUGCUGGUCUCGGCCAACACGCCCACGGAGUCAGCCCACAUUGCCACCACCUUGCCCACCCACCCCAUGUCCAAGGGAGCGGAUGUCACAAGCCAUUCCGUGAACGCGACGCACCUGUCUGACCACGGGGGCGGAGGGCACGAAGGGAAGUUGGAGAGAUACCCCGUGGCCGUGAUCGACUUCGAGAGGGUCCAGACGCCCUUCAUCAUCGGCCUCUGGAUCUUCUGCGCCUGCCUCGGGAAAAUAGGCUUCCACAUGGCGCCCAAACUGUCGCACAUUUUCCCCGAGUCCUGCAUGCUGAUCGUCCUCGGCGUGUUCAUCGGCCUCCUGCUCUUCUACACCAACGCGGCCUCCGUGUCUCCUCUCACCUCUGAUGUCUUCUUCUUGUACAUGCUUCCUCCCAUUAUCUUGGACGCUGGCUAUUUCAUGCCCAACCGUCUCUUCUUUGAUCACCUGGGUACCAUUCUCGUCUUUGCCGUCGUGGGUACCAUCUGGAACUGCAUGACCAUUGGCAUCUCCAUGUAUGCCGUGAACCUCACAGGCCUCUUCGGCGUCGACGUCCCUAUGCUGCACAUGUUCCUCUUCGCCGCCCUCAUCUCGGCCGUGGACCCCGUGGCCGUGCUCGCCGUGUUCGAGGAGAUUCACGUCGAGGAGGUGCUCUACAUCCUCGUGUUCGGCGAGUCCCUGCUCAACGAUGGUGUGACUGUGGUGCUGUACCACAUGUUCGAGGCCUUCAGCGAGAUCGGCGAGGAGAACGUGCAGGUGGUGGACUUGCUGAGUGGCGUCGCGUCCUUCCUGCUGGUGUGUCUCGGGGGCGUCGCCAUAGGAGUCAUCUGGGGAUUCCUCACGGCCUUCGUCACCAGAUUCACCAACCAAGUUCGCGUGAUUGAACCCAUCUUCGUAUUCGUCAUGUCUUACUUGGCUUACCUCAACGCCGAGAUCUUCCACUUGUCUGGAAUUUUGGCCAUCACUUUCUGCGGAAUAACAAUGAAGAACUACGUAGAGCAAAAUAUUUCGGCCAAAUCCCACACAACCAUUAAAUAUGCCAUGAAGAUGUUAGCGUCAUCUUCCGAAACUAUUAUCUUCAUGUUCCUUGGCGUGUCGACCGUGCAGUACAACCACGACUGGAAUACUUGGUUUGUGAUCCUGACCAUCGUCUUCUGCAGCGUCUACAGGACACUUGGAACCUUGAUCUUCUCCUCGAUAUGCAACCGCUUCCGUGUCAAGAAGAUCUCCUUCACCGAUAAAUUUGUCAUCUCGUACGGCGGCCUGCGAGGAGCCGUGGCCUUCGCCUUGGUCCUCACCAUCAACUCGUCCCACAUCCCCCUCCAGCCCAUGUUCCUCACGGCCACCAUCGCUAUGGUCUAUUUCACUGUGUUUGUCCAGGGUAUCACCAUCAAGCCGCUCGUGCAGAUGCUGGGCGUCAAGAGAGCAGAGAAGCGAACACUCACCAUGAAUGAGAGACUCCACGAGAGGUCGAUGGAUUACAUCAUGGCGGGCAUCGAGGACCUGAUGGGCAAACACGGAAACUUCAUGUUGAGAGACAAGUUCAAGCGGUUCAACAACAAGUACAUCACUCCCUUCCUGGUUCGCGAACAGAACAUCUUCGAACCCAAGAUCCUGGAGACUUACAGCCAGAUCAGGAUGCAGGAGGCCUUAGAAAACAUGACAAACAGCAACACUUCAAACAAUAUCGAAUCUUUCACUGGUCUCCUCAGGAAUGCAGUUGCCAGUCAACAGUUCCACCGGAAGAACGCCGGAGAAUGGAACUUGGACGUGGCUGAGCUCGACUACAACCCCAACAUCAGAGACAUCAACGAAGCCAAGUUCCACCACGUUCUGUCCGAUGAAUACAAGCCGAUCAAGAGACACCGCGGAAGCACUUACAAGAGACACGCGGUGAAGGACGACGACGUGAGAACGCAGACGGAUGUGAACCACCAUAACAUGUAUCUCCACACAAGGCAGUUCGUCAGCACCAUCAACAGGGCGACCAGGAAGCCAAGGAAACCACAGCAGAACGGCGUGGUAAAGACCCCCAAAACGGUAGAGGAAACGCGGGCCGCUUACCAACAGAACGGAUCCGCCAUCAAACUGAAAAAUGACUACAUAGGCGAGGUUCUCCGAGACAACCCUGCGUAUGAGGACACUGAGACGGAUGGCUGUUUCGGCAACAAACAAGAACCGAGUCCCACGAAGCGCGUGUCAACAAGUGGCCCGACCGUCGCCGAAACCGCCCUCCCUUGGAAGCGGUACACGGAUGAGGACGCACCAACAAGCGCCAGGAAACUUCAGCGAACUGUUAGCCUCAAGCCAGAAGAAGAGGACAGCAGCACACCAGCCAUGGCCGAGGUUCUGCUGCCGUGGAAGCGACCAGAAGACGAGGUGAUGUGUGACAAGCCUCUGCGCCAGUCCGAGUUCCCCGCAUGGGCCUCCAACAAGGAGUAUGUCGGAUACUACUCGCCUUCCAACACCUUCCUUGGUGGAAUCGGAAUCAAGGACCACCGCCCCAACAUCCGGGACAUCUUUGGCAGACGAAGCAGCAGCACUUCCCUGGGGUCACGCCGCGGUUCCGUCAAGGACACUCCCUCCCCCUUGGCCACCCCGACUCACCAGCCGGACGUCCCACAGGCAGUGCGUCGUCGUUCGUCAACGGGCGACAACUCCCUCCUGAACACGACCAUCACCGAGGAGGACGCGAGGCGGGACCACGUCAUCGAGAUGGACCCCGACGGUGGCACUCAGGACACCAAGAUGUAGCCGCGAGGACCUCUAGUGCUUUACAUUAUAAAAAUCUAUUUUAGCUGUAGUAACCAUUAUAAUUGUAGAUCAAUGUUAACUGGUGGUAUUAUUAUUAUUACUGUACGAGUGCUCUUGUAAUGCUAGAGAGUCGUGGUGCUGAAAAAGGAAACGGAGAUAACUGCCUGUGAUCGCUCAGCUGUUGGCGUCAUGGAUCAGGGGAUUCUCAUGACGCUGAAAUCCAUAUUCAAGCGUGAAAGUGUGAGUGAAAAAUGCAUUCGAUGGAUUAUCUGUGUGCCAUUUUUCCCCCGCCAGACUUUUUUUAAGGUUUAUGAAAUGAUGUGAUUUCUCAUUGUUAGUAAGAUGAGAUUAUUUUAUAGGAAGAGUUUAUAAAGUUCUUAUUGUAUAAGAAGUUCUUAUUGUUUAUAUAUAUACAAAUAUGUUAUAUCUGGUCGGGUGAUUUUGUCAUGUGAAUUGUGUUGAUGUGAAGUGUUAGGAAUAAGAAACUAUACUAUGAUAGUUAUUACUUAUUUUAAUGUUUAACUUACAACAAGAAUAAAUGCAGCUUCUGUCAUGUGAUACAGAACUGUGAUACAUGUGAUACAGUUCUGAUCGUAUAUAUAUGAGCAUUAUUUUCAGCACUUCCGUGGAUCCGAAGUUUAAUGAACAUUCACAUAAGAAAAUUAUCUUAUAGUUUUUACUCUGAAGACUUUCUACCAUCCGUAGAACUAUACUGUGUGCAGCCCAUUCCAAAGGAAAAAUGAAAUUUCCUUCCGUCCAAAAUUACUAAAACCCUUUUACAUUUAUAGUGAGAGCAUUAUAUGUAUGGUAACAGAAUCUAAUUAUAAAUAGCAUACAGUGAAUAUACAAAAUCGAGACGUCCAUCUCUCACUGUCCAAAAUACGAGUUUUAGAAAAAUGGGUCCAUUGGCUAUAACUUUCUGUGUAAUUGCAAAGGUUGGAUCAGUUUAUAUGCGUUAUGUUAUUAUCAACUGUCAUGUUUAGAUUUACUGAACACGCCGAUUAAAAACAACGCCACUAAUGUUAUUUUUAGGGAAACCUAUUAUAUUAAACCCACUCCAGAACCUUAUUUUUACUUUAGAAGUGUUGAUAACCGCUGGUACUGUACUCUUAACGCCGUUUUAACGUAUCAUAAUUUACUAUUGAUGUUUGCAAUAUAAUUUAUAUGCCAGGGGCCUGCAUAGCAGUUCAGACCUCAUCGUUGAAGCUAGCUUUGAAUAUAUGUACUUAUUCAAGACACUAUUAUAUGGAUUGUACAUAUUAUAUAAUGAAAACAGAAUUCGCACAAUGUGAACUAUUUUAGAACAGCCUGUGGUUCACUUUCAUGAUUUUCGUCAGUGUUGAAUCUGCAGUGACACAAACUGUAAAAAACCAUUAAGCAGAUAACAGGCUAAUCAUUUACCUUGAAAAUGUUUCCUUUGUUCAUAAUAUAUUUGAAGGAAACAUUUUGUUCUUGUAUUUACUUUUAAAUAAUUAUUGUCAGUUUUGUGUGUGUGUGUGUGUGAAUAAAAGAAAAAGGAAAAUAUAAAUGUGUGUAUGCAUAUAUAUAUAUAUAUAUAUAUAUAUAUAUAUAUAUAUA